AUGUCUGAAGCUAGAGUUUUGGUUGGACCCUGGUUCAAUUGGAGCAGUGGUCGAAUUCUAGGUGCGACUAUCACUAUACCAGCUGAGUAUGAAUCGAUUGCAGUGGCAGUACUUGCUCUCUUUGUUCGAUUGGUUGGAAGUCAUUUCUGGUGUAUCAAUUGCUUCAUAUUACAUCAAAUUCGGUAUACCCCAUAUGAGCGCGACGGAUUUCACUACCAGUACCAAGCCAUCCUGGCAAAUAAACUCACCGAUCUCAGCACCUUCUGGAAGCUUUUGAAGGUUGCUCUGGCAUGGAGAUCAAACACUGAAAAUGUGAAACGACGUGCAUUACCGCUAUUGUUUCUUACAGUGUUCCAUAUGACAGCAUUCUACGCUGCUGGCAUCUUCUCUUCAAGAGUAUCCCGAUCAGCUGGAGAAGUAUUGGUUAAGAGCGAUGUCUGCGGAUGGCCAGAUGAACGAAGCAACAAAGCCUUUGAUCAAUGGUCUGAUGAAGACGUGGAGUCUGCCGACGCCUGGUUGACAUUACUCCAGCAGAGUUUUCGAAAGCGUGCAGCAUACGCCCGGUCAUGCUAUAGUACUCAAUCUCAGACCCAGUCCUCUCUCUGCAACAUUCAUGCCGCCCCAUCAAUUAAAUCGAGAAUUGACCCAGCGGCUCCCUGUCCCUUUUUUGAGAGAACCUGUACAACUACAACAGUUUCGAUAGACUCUGGGCUCAUAGAUUCCCACUUGCAUCUAGGAAUCAAUGCCCCAGUGCAAGAUCGUAUUCAGUUCAGAAAACUGAUGAUAUGUACCCCAAUCCUACUAGAAGACAAACAUAGCCCAAAUUGGACAUCUAAAAAAUCUCCGAGUCUUCAAGACCAGUUAUUAUUUCAACUUGGACAAGGCCAGCUACCAUCAGACGAUCUAUACAAAUACUAUUAUCUUGGAAAUCGGACAUGGAAAGGGACCUCCAUAAGCGAUAGCACAGUCGUGAUGACCAACAAGACUAUUACAUACGCCUCUCAGCCCUACAAUCUCUUAUGGGUAGAUGCUAAUCCCGGAAACCCUAUUGAAGGGACCUUCAACCCCAUAUCUGCUCUGAACCGUACAGAUGACGAUGUGAACGUCCUGCUAUUGAAUAACUUAGCAGCAUAUACAGGACCUGUAAGAGAUCCUUGGUUUCAAACGGCCGCCACACCAACCAAUUCCGUGGUAUGGGCACCAAGCGAUGUCUGGAUCUCAUCAACUACGCUCUCUGGUAUUGGCUGCAUCGAGCAGUAUCAGUUCUGUCGCAGCAAUCAAUGCACCCCUCUUACUGGCAUUUAUAUGAUCGAUCAACAUGCGAUCGACAAACUCAGUCUAAAUUCAAAACAGGAAGCGACACUACAGCUAAUACUGAAAAUAGCAUUGUGGAUGAGGAUGAGUCGCCUGCUGACAUUUUUGGGAGGGAACAUUCUCCUUGCCAAAGACAGAUUAUUUGGAGGUACUUGGUUGUCUUCUGCCCUCGAGAACAAUCAGUGGCAAAAGGAAGUUGAAAACAUACAUAACACAAGUAUGGCAUUUCUCCAGCAACGCAUUAUCGAUCAUGCUUCCCCGUCUAAUUCCCAGAUCCAUAAAUCUGUUGGCCUCUACCCACACAUCAUGCAGGAGACUCAUCAGGAGAUUCUGAAUAUUUGCGCCAACCAAAAGGUCUGGAGUAGUAGUUAUCAUUUCUUUAACGUGGUGGGUAUAAUGUUUAUCAUAUUCGGAGGUGCCUUGGUUAUCUUGGUUGAUGUUUUCUUUCCUCAGAUGGUGGGCUGGUUACAGCGGCGCAGCGGGAGAGGGUUGGCAACUAGGUUGGACUGGAUUGAGAGCGAGCCUUUGCAUUUACAGCGCAUCGCGUUUGAGAGUUGUGGGAUUGGGCCGUGGAAGGUUACAAUGAUGGUAUUCCUAUUACCGAGGAAUUUGGGCAGAAGUUUCGACGUCUGA